CUAUUUCACAUCCGGUUUGCCCUGGGACGUAUUACUACUGUCUUGGUAAAGAGAAAUCUUUUGUUGUAUAGCCGCGGAUUGGAUUUGGGGGAGCAAAUUGGGGUGUGAAACCCUCGGCAGAGGAGCACGCAGAGUCCAUGAUGGCUCAGACCGAGUGAGUGAGAGGCUGGCGAGGACGCCCCUCUCGCUGGGAGCGCGGACGCGCGCGGACUCCAGCUGGCGCCGGGCUCUGCACGGCUCUCGCUCUCGCACACUUUUCCCGGGUCUGGACCGAUCCUGUGCCCAGAGGGGGCCUGAGCUGCACAGCCCGCGAUGAGGAAGAAAAGCCUGGGUCUCUCUGACUGUCUCUGGGCCUGGACCCUCCUUCUCAGCACGUUGACUGGAAGAAGCUAUGGACAAACCUCCCUACAAGAUGAACUUAAAGACAAUACCACAGUCUUCACCCGCAUUUUGGACCGACUCCUGGAUGGUUAUGACAAUCGCCUAAGACCGGGAUUGGGAGAGCGGGUCACGGAAGUGAAGACCGACAUCUUCGUCACCAGUUUCGGACCCGUUUCGGACCACGAUAUGGAAUAUACAAUAGAUGUAUUUUUCCGUCAAAGCUGGAAGGAUGAGAGGUUAAAAUUUAAAGGACCCAUGACAGUUCUCCGGUUAAAUAACCUAAUGGCGAGUAAGAUCUGGACUCCAGAUACUUUUUUUCACAAUGGAAAGAAGUCAGUGGCUCACAACAUGACCAUGCCCAACAAACUCCUGAGGAUCACGGAGGAUGGUACCUUGUUGUACACCAUGAGGCUGACAGUGAGAGCUGAAUGCCCAAUGCAUUUGGAGGACUUCCCUAUGGAUGCCCAUGCCUGCCCACUAAAAUUUGGAAGCUAUGCGUACACGAGAGCAGAAGUUGUUUACGAGUGGACCAGGGAGCCUGCACGCUCAGUGGUGGUAGCGGAAGACGGGUCGCGCCUCAACCAGUACGAUCUUCUUGGACAAACGGUAGACUCUGGAAUCGUUCAGUCCAGCACAGGAGAAUAUGUGGUUAUGACUACUCACUUCCACCUGAAAAGAAAGAUUGGCUAUUUUGUUAUUCAAACAUACCUGCCUUGCAUAAUGACCGUCAUUCUGUCUCAAGUCUCCUUCUGGCUCAACAGAGAGUCCGUACCAGCAAGGACUGUCUUCGGAGUGACAACUGUGCUCACCAUGACCACGCUGAGCAUCAGUGCUAGGAACUCCCUCCCCAAGGUGGCCUACGCCACCGCCAUGGACUGGUUCAUCGCCGUGUGCUAUGCUUUCGUCUUCUCCGCUCUGAUCGAGUUCGCCACCGUGAACUAUUUCACCAAGAGAGGAUAUGCCUGGGACGGCAAAAGUGUGGUUCCAGAAAAGCCAAAGAAAGUGAAGGAUCCUCUCAUUAAGAAAAAUAACACUUACGCUCCAACAGCAACUAGCUACACCCCUAACAUGGCCAGGGGUGACCCUGGCUUAGCCACCAUCGCUAAAAGUGCAACUAUAGAACCAAAAGAAGCCAAGCCAGAUGCAAAACCUCCAGAACCCAAGAAAACCUUUAACAGUGUCAGCAAAAUUGACCGGCUGUCAAGAAUAGCCUUCCCGCUGCUAUUUGGGAUCUUUAACUUGGUCUACUGGGCGACGUAUUUAAACAGAGAGCCCCAGCUCAAAGCGCCCACCCCGCAUAAAUAGGUCCUUUUCUUCGCAGUCUGCUGGUCGGUCCUCUGCAAUGGAAAUUGCUUUUUGUUCUCAACGCAGUGAUUCCCAUCUGCUUUAUUGCCUCUCUUAAAGGAUCUGAAGGUUUCCUUAUUUCCAUAAUUCAUACAACAGACCCCUGUCCAGCAGUCCAGAGCAGAGUACACAGCUGAGGGACAGGAUUCUGAGAGAGAGAGAGAGAGAGAGAACAAGAGAGCAAAAAAUCCCAACAGAAGGAGACAGAAGGAAAGACAGAGGGAAGAAGGGGGACGUAGUUUCAAAGACAGGAGGAAAAGUGGAAGGAAAAACUUAACUAUAACUCUAGAUCAUUUGUAGAUAUAUAUUUCCAAAUAUUCUAAAUAAAUAAAAAAGAAGAUACUGUAUAUGUCAAAAAUAUUUUUAUGUGAAGGUGUUUAAAAGAAUAAAUUACUAAUGUUUCAUGAAGAAAAUUUUCAAAGAAUCUAUGUCUUUAUUGCACAAACUAUGGUGUGCUUACAUUCUUGUUUGUUUUUUAAACUGAUGUAUACCUUUAACAUUUUUGUUUACAAAGCUAAAGACCCUGAUUCUUUCUCCUUUACAGAUGCCCAACGUGUUAUUUUGUUGCUAAAUGCUAUUUUAAAGUUCACAGAAAUUGCAUAUGUAAAGGAGCAGUUCCCUGUAGAGCACAUUUAACCCAACGGAGAGAAAUGCUCUAAGAAGGGGGUUUCAGCAUCAUCUGCACUUUUACCACUAGACUUGAUGGGGAAUCAUUUUAACAAUGAUAUACACGCAACAUACAGCAAAAGAUCGGAAAAUUAAAUAAAAUAACUUUAAAAGAUUCCCUUUCUCAUCAUGUCUAUUUCCAGAUAGCACAUGGGUCCAAACAUCACUUCACUCUCAUCAUAAAGCUGUUUGGGAGGGGCAAAAAUAUUUUGCAAGCUCUAGAAUUGUUGAAUGUAUUCUUUUAUAUAACAGUACAUUAAAAGCUUUAGAUCGAAAUUUAUGACUAGUGAACAAAAAAUAGAAUAUAUAAAUUAUAUAUGUAAAUAUACAGCAUGAGAUUGUACAUUUUUUACUUUUUUUAAGGUUGUGUUCUUAAAAUAUUGUGUAAGACUCACCGCUCUUAGCUGUUAGAAUGUUGUCAAGUGCUAUGGAAAUACCUUUAGAGCCUGCAUUUAAGAUCUGAACAGCUUGUAGAAAUCAGAUGGGACUGCAAAUAUAUGGGUACAAAGUUCACUUACAUUGAGAAAACAUCAUUUCCUACUGCUGUCCAGUGUACGGUAGUUAAUCAGUUGCUGUCUGCUCCAGUCCAGCUACGUUUCCCUAAAUUAGGCUCUUGUAAUAUAAGAAAGAAAAUGGAAACGCAUUAGUGAGAGCUAGAACAAUCAACUGUGUAUUCCUGCUAUCUCCGCUGAUACCAACUGUUUCAAUAAGUGUUGUACCAUAUGUAGCACCAAAUAUAAAAAUACAUGAAAGAAUGUACAGGAAAUAGCUUUUAUUGAGUAAUAUUAUUACAUUUCAUUUAUACUGUAGCAAUAUAUUUGUAGGUAUACUAUGUAAGGGCUUUAACUACAAGAGGUUCAUUAAUACUCCCUGUGAAAGUUCUAGUCUGUUUCAUUACCUCCCAGAUAUUUUAGAGAUAAAUAUUUAUGCAGAAGGUAUUUUUGAAGUCUCCUUUUGUCUCAUAGAGUUUCAGAGAUAUUUAAAAUUUGCAUCCAGAACCCACAGGUCAUGGUUAGGUCAUGGUCUAAGAAACCCGCUUAGAAUGCUACAACAUAAACCUGUCAGCAUAAUAGCCAAAUAGGAUGGUUGGGAUCCAUUCCCAGGUUGGGAACAACGUUUUUCUCCAAAAGCUGCUAUCCAAUGAUGUAGGAAAAUACACUACGUUUUCCUAAACAAACUCUGGUUUUCUUUUUAAAUGUGCUUUAUUGUUUGAUUUGGUCCUGCCUAAAUUCCAUGAGCUAGGCCAAGAAAGGCUGAACCAAGGAUGUUCAUCCUCUGGUAUCUUGUGUAGAUAUCAUGUAUAGAAAAUAAAAUAAAAUAUGGCUCUAACUCCUGUGUUGCUGUUUAUCUUGUUCUUUUUCAGCGUUGAUCUAACGUGUUUAUUAAGAGCAUUUUCUCUUCCAGACUCGUCAUGACUAACAUUUGGUCUGUAGUUUGCUCAUUAGAUGUGAAAAUUUCUUAUUAGUCUGCUUUCUGCUAUGCAAUGACUGCAUUCCUAUCAUUUCUUAGUUUGUUAGUACAUGUGGAUAGUAUUCUAUUGUAUUAAUUGAUUGCAUAACUUAUCAAAGACAAAUUAUUCUAUGUAGCUUUUCUACAGUGCUUUGCUCACCCAUGUAAUACUAGUUAAGUCUUCCUUGAAAAUAAAGUUACACUCUUAUAGAGGACAGUUCCUGUUUCCUCCCAGGAAUAUUUUUUAAAAGAUGACACUGAAUGUUUAUUGCACAUUAGUGCAGUGAGUGGCAAUAAAACCUAACAUGAAUCGAGGUUGUUUAUGGCAGAUGCAUGUAUUGCUUUACAGAGUUUAGCAAAAGCUCUUAAUUUUAUGUCAUACUGUAUUCUAUUAUAAUAAUAAAGCUAACAGUAUUCAAUAACAAGACGGGAUGCUUGAGUCUC